UUAAGUGUGUAUACUACCACACGGUCAAGCAUUGGUGCUGAGAGUAAUAUAGAUCUGGUUUUGAAUGUGGAGGAUUUUGAUAUUGAGUCCAAAUUUGAAAGGACAGUGAAUGUCUCAGUACCAAAGAAAACCCGAAAUAAUGGCACGUUAUAUGCAUACAUAUUUCUUCAUCAUGCUGGCAUUUUGCCUUGGCAUGAUGGUAAACAGGUGCAUAUAGUAAGCCCUCUGACCACGUACAUGGUCCCUAAACCGGAAGAGAUUAAUUUGCUCACUGGAGAAUCAGCCACACAGCAAAUUGAAGCAGAAAAACAGGCCAGUGCUCUAGAUGAACCUGUCUCUCACUGGAGGUCAAGAUUAACCCUAAAUGUCAUGGUGGAAGAUUUUGUGUUUGAUGGAUCAUCCCUCCCUGCUGAUGUUCACCGUUACAUGAAGAUGGUUCAGUUGGGGAAGACAGUGCAUUACCUUCCAAUAUUAUUUAUUGAUCAGCUAAGCAACAGAGUGAAAGAUUUGAUGGUUAUAAAUCGUUCCACAACAGAGCUACCUCUUACAGUGUCAUAUGACAAAAUAUCUCUUGGAAAACUCCGAUUUUGGAUCCACAUGCAGGAUGCUGUGUACUCCCUCCAACAAUUUGGGUUUUCAGAAAAGGAUGCAGAUGAAGUAAAAGGAAUUUUUGUUGACACUAACCUGUACUUUCUGGCUUUGACAUUCUUCGUAGCAGCAUUUCAUGUAAGUGGAGAAACUUUGGUUUUUAGGAAUUACGGCAUAUGA